CAGAAUUAUAUGUUUCUAGGGGACGGCUGGGUGGAGAUACCAAGUGGGCAGUGGGUCCUGGGGGUCUCAGGUUGGUCCUGGGGUCUCAGGCUGGACGUGUGUGAAGGAGGCAUUCAGGACCCUGUAGAUGGCAUCUGGAACUUGGGAAAGGAUGGGGUCUCUUGGCAGGAUGCAAUGGGGACAGGAUGUGUGGGUGUCGCUUGUCCAUAUGUGUGUUUCCGUGUGGUCUCUGCAUGUGUGUAUGUGUGUGUACGUCUGACUCUGGGACAUGAAUCCCCCACCUCUUGGGAGAGCCUGCGGGUCAGCUGGGAGCUGGGUUGUUUUUGUUUGUGGUUUGACCCUUGGAGGGGGGGUGCCAAGCCUGAGAAACUACCCACAGAGAAGCCCCCGGAAACAUCUGUGAGUCUUCUUCCCCCAGGCCCAGGGUGGGGGAUUGGCCAGGGAGGGAGAUUUCUUGCUUCUCUCAGGCCUGCCUAGGGGAGGCUGUCCCUGGGGUAAGCAUCAAGUUAGUAAAGGUGACAGCAGACCCUGAGGAUUCGGGGACUUUCCAAGGCAGCUGGGAAGAGGGGGAAGGAGUGUUUGGAAAGGACACCUGAGCAGAGGAGACCCAGGCAGCCUUCUGGUUGGUCUUUCCUGUUCUCUCUCAUUUCCUGUGAUGGCAGUGGGGGGAGGGUUCCCCAGCACUGGGGCCUCGCCCUCAGCUUCAGUUUCCUUUCCCUUUCCCCCCUGCUGACCACCCCAGAGGCACAGCUGGAGCAGCAGAGACAAGGUGGCUGUACUCAGCCUUUGGGAUUGAGUCCUCUGGGGUUUGCCAAGCCUUGGGAAGGGCCAUUAUUUGUUGAAGCAUUCCAGGGAAGAAACCCCAAGUCUUUUAUCCCUGGAUAAGGCCAGCUGGCUGUGGAAGUCUCUGGUUCUACUUCUGCUGAGGGCCGAGACUCUCACACGGGAGACAGUGUUGUGUCGUGGGGUGCUCCGUGUCACGAAGCCACAGACAGGAGAGAUUUUGGACAUUAGGAUUGAAUGAGAUGUUAAAGAGACAUCCUGAGUGGCUGUGGUCACACGGGCCUGGAGUCAGGAGACUUCUUGACAGGGGAGCGGGGGUUUCUAAGGGAAAGUCUGAGAAGCUCCCACACCAGGAGGGGAGGGGCUCAGAAACAUACUCCAUCUAGGAAUGGAGGCCAGAGUCAAAGCCGGCCUGUUCCCCAGAGUGCCUGGCUAGGGUGGAGCAAGGGCCCGCAGCCCUGCCUGUGUGCACGGUGGCGUGUCCGUGUGGGUGUGCUAGAGGAUGAGGAGGUAGCAGAGCCAGCAUACCAGGGCUGUGCGGGCUGUGGGGCUGUGGGGCGUACAGACACACACACAGGCACACAGAUUCGAGCGUGUGAAUCACCCAGCCUGUGAGUCAGCCCCCAGGAUUCCUGUCGGGGAAUGAGUGAGGCCAAGGCUGAGGUCUGCCAGUCCAUCUGCUGAUCUGUCUGCCUCCUGCCCCUGCUGGUGUGGAUGCAUGUUUGCGUAUGCUGUAGGAGGUGGUGGGGAAGGUGCCUGGUGCCUGGGAAGGCUUUGGGCAGAGGCCAUCUGUCCCCGGUCGCAGAGCACUCCGUGUACCACCAUGACUGGGCUGUUGAAGAGGAAAUUUGACCAGCUGGAUGAGGACAACUCCUCUGUCUCCUCCUCCUCUUCCUCUGGGUGCCAAUCUCGCUCCUGCUCUCCAAGCUCUUCUGUCUCCCGUGCCUGGGACUCAGAGGAGGAAGGGCCCUGGGAUCACAUGCCCCUGCCUGACCAUGACUUCUGUGGCCCCAGAAGUUUUACCCCCCUGUCUAUCCUGAAGCGGGCUCGCCGGGAGCGCCCAGGCCGGGUAGCCUUUGAUGGGAUCACCGUCUUCUACUUCCCCCGUUGCCAGGGCUUCACCAGUGUGCCCAGCCGUGGCGGCUGUACUCUGGGCAUGGCCCCUCGCCACAGUGCCUGCCGCCGCUUCUCUUUGGCUGAGUUUGCGCAGGAACAAGCCCGAGCACGGCGCGAGAAGCUCCGCCAGCUCUUGAAAGAGGAGAAGCUGGAGAUGCUGCAGUGGAAGCUGUCGGCCACUGGGGUACCCAAAACAGAGGCAGGGCUGCCGCCUGCCGUGGAUGCCAUCAAUGACGCCUCUCUGGAGGAGGACUUGGCGGCUGCUGUGGCAGGUGGCCGGUUGGAAGAAGUGAGCUUCCUGCAGCCAUACCCAGCCCGACGACGUCAGGCUCUGCUGAGGGCUUCAGGCGUGCGAAGGAUCGAUCGGGAAGAGAAGCGGGAGCUGCUGGCACUGCGCCAAUCCCGGGAGGAUUGUGGCUGUCACUGUGAUGGGGUCUGCGACCCUGAGACCUGCAGCUGCAGCUUGGCAGGCAUCAAGUGCCAGAUGGACCACACAGCGUUCCCCUGUGGCUGCUGCAAGGAGGGCUGUGAGAACCCCAUGGGCCGUGUGGAGUUUAAUCAGGCCAGAGUUCAGACCCAUUUCAUCCAUACACUCACCCGCCUGCAGUUGGAGCAGGAGGCUGAGAGCUUUAGGGACCUGGAGGCCCCUGCUCAGGGCAGCCCGCCCAGCCCUGGUGAGCAGACCCUGGUCCCCACUUUCCCACUGGCCAAGCCCACAAUGAGCAACGAGCUGGGAGACAAUAGCUGCAGCAGCGACAUGACUGACUCCUCCAGGGCAUCUUCCUCAGCAUCGGGUGCCAGUGAGGCCCCUGACUGCCCCACCCACCCAGGCUUGCCUGGCUCCGGCUUCCAGCCUGGCGUGGAUGAUGACAGCCUGGCACGGAUCCUGAGUUUCAGUGACUCUGACCUCGGCGGGGAGGAGGAGGAGGAGGAGGAGGAAGGGAGUGCGGGGAACCUGGACAACCUCAGCUGCUUCCAUCCAGCUGACAUCUUUGGUACUAGUGACCCUGGUGGCCUGGCCAGCUGGACCCACAGCUAUUCUGGCUGUAGCUUCGCAUCAGGCAUCCUGGAUGAAAAUGCCAAUCUGGAUGCCAGCUGCUUCCUAAAUGGUGGCCUUGAAGGGUCAAGAGAAGGCAGCUUUCCUGGCACCUCAGUGCCACCCGGCGUGGACACUGGCCAGAGCAGCUCAGUGGAUCUCAGCUUGUCUUCCUGUGACUCCUUUGAGUUACUCCAGGCUCUGCCAGAUUAUAGUCUGGGGCCUCACUACACAUCACAGAAAGUAUCUGGCGGCCUGGACAAUAUUGAGGCACCUCACUUCCCCCUGCCUGGCCCCUGUCCACCUGGGGAUGCCAGCACUUGCUUCCUGGAGUCCCUCAUGGGCCUCUCCGAGCCGGCCGCCGAAGCCCUAGAUCCCUUUAUCAACAGCCGGUUUGAGGACACUGCCCCGGCAUCUCUGAUGGAGCCUGUGCCGGUGUGAGGACCAGGAUGCCUUUUCCCAGCCCCAAAGCCUUGUUGCUGCUUUCUUGUAAUUGUGGGGCUCCCCAGAGUCUCUGUGUAACAGUAUCCCACGGGCUGGCUCACCACAGGUGCCAUGCGCACACUCCUGGUUUUCAUACAACUCCCCGGAUUUAUUUAUUUGUUAACUUUUCUGUGCUGAAGAGAGGAUUGGGGGGGGUACCCCUUUGAGCUGCUGGGCCCCCCACACCCACAGCUUGCUCUUCCAUCUCCAUAACGUGUACCUGGAAGAGGAGAAAGUGUGGCUCCCUGGAGCUUGGUCUUUGUGUGAUGUUCCUUAACCCAAGGACUGUGAGACGGCUGAAAUGAGGCGGCUUCUGCCACCCUCAGCCCUAGACCCAUGGGUGGCUAAAUCCUCUGGACUGUGAAGACUGUAAUUUAUUUCCAUAACUUAUUUGGGAGAUAGAGGAGGCUUUGGUUGCUCCUCUCUGGUGGGUGGGCAGUGCCAGGGGUGGGGUGGGCACAGGCCCUCAGGAGCCCCUUUUGCCUUGUACUCCUACACCCUGCCCUGCCUGGGCGUUAGUGUAGACUAGGUGUGGAUUUGAGCUCUAUGAGCUAUGUCCGCUGCCUGGCUCCUGGAUGGCUCUGCAGGCAGGGGCUGGCCAAGGACAUCAUCUGGGUAGGGGGAGAGGCUGGGCUAACCAGCUGUGACCAAAACUCCCUUCUGCCCCACCCUGCCCUCUCUACUUCCUGCCCUCUGUCCAUCUUCCCCUUCCCCAAAGGCCACAGCCUUUCUUCUAGGCCCAGGGAUGUAGGAGGAAGGAGGAAACAGGAGGCCCAGAGAGGGCAAGGGGCCUACCUCAGGGUACAAACCAUGCCCCAGCCUAUUAUCUCAGGGCUUUCUGGGCACUGCACUUCAGCCUGGCCCACCUGCCCAUGCCCUGAGGCCAGUUGGCGAGGGGUGGCUCCUGAGGGCUUUUAUACUGUUUGUUUGCUAACGUUUAAUUUCGCAUCAUAAUUUCUACAUUGUCCCUGAGUGUCAGAACUAUAAUUUAUUCCAUUUCUCUCUGUGUCUGUGCCAAGAAAUGCAGGCUCUGGGCCUGCCCCCUUGCCCAGGAGGCCUUGCCAGCCUGUGUGCUUGUGGGAACACCUUGUACCUGAGCUUACAGGUACCAAUAAAGAAGCUUUAUUUUUAA